GGGAAAUUUAAGUAAACACGGACAGUGUGAAAAUUACCUAUCUUUCCAAUAAUGUUAAUUAAAUUGGAAACCGUCUAUUAAAUUUAUUUAAUAUACUUUAGGACUAUUUGUAACAAUAUAUAUUAGUGCAUAUCAUGCUUGAUUGUUAGACCUAACUAAAAACUAGAUCUAACAUCUAACCUUAAUUAUAUAUAAGGCAGAACAAUUUAAGAAAUUUAAUAAGAAAGACAUAAGUGGAUUGAUCGUUGUCCAAAAUGCAGCAUAUUAUACAAGCCAGCCCAAUAAUGGAUAAAAUAAAGCAAUUCCAGCAUGCUGUAACAUUCAGGUUUCAACUUACCACUUCACAGAAGGUCAUACUUUGGAGUAUUGGUGUAGUGGGUACUAGUGCAGUGGUGGUGGGGGUACUCUCAAGGUAUUUAGCAAGAAGGAGGGCAAAACCUCUUCUAAAUCCCAGGAUUCAAAGGGCUAUUAAUAAGAGAUUGUCAAGAAUGAGAAGUCCUAAUGGAGGGAUGGGUUCAGUAGCGAGUAGCGGAGGAAGGAGCAGUCCCUUGGGCUUUAGUGAGCGACUCUCAGUGGCAUCUGGAUCAAUUGGAUCAGGUGCGGGAGAUGCUGCUCCUCUAUCACCACAGCAACUUGGUGUUAUGGGUAUGGAAGCUCUGGAAACGAGUAUAAACUACUGGGAAGAUGCGCUGGCCGCAUUUUCGGUGAACGCACGAGGCGGCGGCGCCGGCACGCUCGCACUCACCUCGCCUGAGGAGGCGGAGUUCUGUAGAGAGAUACAGGAACUGCUACAAAAUGCCUAUUUGCUACAGGAGCGUUGCGAGCUCCUGUUCCUCGACCAGCGGUCGGUUCUGUUCCGCUCAGAGAGCGGUGGCGGGGGCGGGGCCGGGGAAGGGUCGCUCGCGCGCGUGCGGCUGCUCUCUACACACACGCACGCAGGUUCCGACCGCACGAAGGAGCUGCACUCCAGCGCUGAGUCCUUCGCCUCGGCUGAGGAUCAGGUUGCAGACCUCAGAGACUUCGACGAUUUAGCUGAAACAGUGCCAGAAAUAGAAAAUCUAGAAUUAUAUCAAAUGGGUCUUAAGCAGCUAGAAACUGGGAUACCUUAUAGAACGCUCCGCACGGAGGUGUUGUCGUGCGGCUCGGACGCGGAGUUCCUGUGCAAGCUGCACGGCGUGCGCCUCGCCUUCCGCGCCGUCUUCCGCGACCACGCUGCUUGGGCGUGGUUCAUCGAUGCCGGUCGGCAGGUGCUCACCGAUCUGCUGCUGUUCGCUGACAAGGAACCUAAAGAAUUUCUAGUCGCGUAUGAAGAAAUGGUGUCAUGGACGACGGAUGCUGCCAACUGGACUGUGUUAGAAAGCGAACUGACAAGCAAGGGUGUUAAGGUCCUGACAUUCUACGACGUGGUACUGGACUACAUUCUGCUGGAUGCCUUCGAAGACCUGGCUUCUCCGCCGGCUUCAGUGCUGGCCGUUGUUCGCAACCGCUGGCUCUCCGACGGGUUCAAAGAGACGGCCUUAACAACAGCAGUGUGGUCCGUGAUCAAAGCGAAGCGGCGCUACCUACAAUACCAAGACGGUUUCAUGGCCCACUUCUACUCCAUAUCCGAGCACCUUCUACCCGUUCUUGUUUGGGGCUUCCUAGGACCCAGAGAACGGCUAAAAGACGUCUGUGUAUCCUUCCAAUCGGAAAUAGUAGGCUUCAUCACAGACUUAUUCAGUUUCCAGAAGUCUAGGUACACUACUGUGGAAGACCUGGCCGUGGACAUCAUGCAACACGCCAGAACUCGGGCCGCUAACAUCACAGAGAAGUUGUCCGAGCGAAAUUAUUAGAUAAGCUAAAUGUUCAAAUCAUGUCACGGUUUAUGGCCAUAUUGUAUAAGACACUUGUUUCGCAUUUUCCCACAGGCCUAUCUUUCAGAUUUAUUAUUAAGAAACAACUAUUUCAAGCAGAUUGGUUUUCUGCUUCAUAAAUAUGUUUAUUGGAAAGUGCGAAACCAGUAAGGAUAUAUCAAAAUAUAUUAAAUUAUUCAUUAUAGACUCAGGUGUAGGCUUUUCUAGAUGUAAUCGGGAGAUAUCGCAUGGAUUCUAUUAUAAAUGUAUAUCAGCGCCAUCUAGUGUAGAAACACCUAAUGGUGUUUCUACACUAGAUGGCUAGAAUAACUUCAUAUUUUGGUGUUUGUGAGCUUGAGUUAAGAGGUAUAUUACAUUAGUUAAAAACGUCUCUCAUCUACAACUUAAGUAUUUAAAUGCAUUUAUUUCAACGUUUUGUAUCAUAGUUACUUUUUUUAUUGUAUGAAAAUAUAGUUAUUGCAUUUUUAUUCAACGUUUUUAAUUAAAUGUAAUAAAGAGCCUCUUUCUCCAGCGUUACCGUUAAUUAAGUUAUGGGCAGCUCAAUUCUACAGGAUCAUUUCAUUACAUUCGUAUUUACUCAUAAAUAAAAUAAGGAGUAAUAUUCAACAUUCCUGUGUUGACUUGAUGUGCAUUUUUAUGGCCACAGACUAUAAAUUAAAAUAGAUAACACAAAUGUAUCUCUUA